AUGCUAGUGGGAUUUGUACGUUUGCGGCACUGGUUUUACGGUGCCGAGUUCAGCGGGGAAGGACUUGACUUGGUCCGACGGUGGAACACGUCACAGGAGUUCUUGCUGGGAGCGGAGCAGGUGUACCGGCAUGUGCUCAGAGCAGCUUUGUCACCGCCGGGUGCAGAAGAACCUGACAUGGCUCUUCUUCACCGAACUCGUGAUUGGCUGGAGGAUCAGCAGAAGCAGCGUGCUCGUGAUUUUGCUGAUGCCACUGCUUUUGAGCUCACGGGUACGUGCAUGCGUUUCCAAAGCCUGACGGGGCCAAAGAGUUUGGAGGCGCUUCAGGGGGAGAUUGAGCACAUCACCAGGUGGCAGGAGCUUCGGGAAAAGCUGAGAGGCCCGUUGGAGGAGGACUUGCUGAAAGGCUCAACAUUGAAAUUAAGCUUCCUCGCAGUGGCAGAAGCACGUCAUUUUCCUGUGGCCAAGAUGGAGCGCCGUGCAGAUCGACUGCUCAUUGAGUCAUCCUUCGACUUGCGGAGAGGUAUUGCGUCGGAGUUCAUGGUGUCUGAGCUGGAGACACUGACGCGUGAAGUUGCAGAGAAGUUUGAAGAUCCGGAGGAAUGA